AUGGAUGACUUUGAGGAAUUAUCUAUGCUUCAUUACGCCAGAUCCCAAGCCAUCGCAAGAAAUCAUCAACAAUUCGAUCCUUUAGAUCUCCUUGGCCAGACUCGCGUCUCUAAGAAGGCACAAUAUCUCUCGUCGAUGAAAUCGACAUCACAGCUUCUCGGUUUUGAGUCUUCGGGGUCUGCAAAUAUCACAUCGAUUUUCACAUCCAUAAAUGAGAAACUUGUCCUUGACAAGGACGGUGUCAACUUUCUGACGGCUGUCUUACAAGAAGUAACAUCACUACAGCGCAAACCAGAUCAAAGAGCGGAAGAUGCGAUUUCUUUAAAACUCAAAUACAAGUUCAGGGAUGAUUUAAAGAUAAAUGUCCCGCUACUCUCCACCGAAAAGGAGAAUAUGCUAAGGACAUUGAGCAAGAGGACCGAUCCCGUCGAACUACUAAACGAGAUAGCCCCGAAUUUGGCGGAUCGCGAGAGAGCCAACAUUGACGAAGGACUCGAAUUCCCUGACUACUUCUGGGAACUUCCGAGUAUAUUGGAUAGAGACCCGAGCAUGGAGAAACUCGAGGCUCCCAAAGGCACUAGGCACGUUCUGCUCGAAGCUAUGACAUUUCUUGAUGAAAAGAGGCAUAGGAAGGAUACAGACGCAUUUGUUGAGAUUUCUAUCUUGGAUAUAGAAUCUUUCCCUCACCUGCCUACACCUCCUCUCUAUAUCGAAAGUGAGGAUCAGCAUCAACACAAUAUUAGAUGGGAGUCUCAUCCCGGUAGUGACUUUGAUACUGGCCACGACAGCGAAGUGCUUACUGGAAACGUUACCCCUGGUCUGCUUGAGGGGGACGACUCGCACGCCGAAGAAACUACUCCCUAUUUCGAAAUUGAAGAAAAAGAUGAGUUCAACCUUAUGGCGGAUACUCAUAGUGGUAGUACCACGAAUACAGGUCUUCUCAACGAAGUGGUUGAGGACAUCGUUACCCCUGGUCUGCAUAAGGAGAAUUAUCAGCCUGUCGGAGAUCCUCCCCCAAAUAUUGAAAGUGAACAGCAGCAUGAGCGCAACAUCAUAUCGGCGUCUCGUCUCAGUAGCGAUACUGAUACCGGUCACUUCAUUGAAUCUAUAGUUGAACACAUCGCUACCCCUAGGCCGUUUAAGGUAGACAAUCCUCUUGUCGGAGAUGUUGUCCCUAGUAAACGGAUAGCAUCUCCCCUAGCUCUCGACGAAGCGAACGAGGUUGCAGAGAUAUCAACUAGCUCAGGAACUCUACUUUCACCAGUAACAGAUUCCUUGACCCCAUUUGCUGGAUCUCUAGGUACGCUAUCAGCAUUCAUGCAGACGAGAUGCCACAAGAAUAAACGUCGAAAACUUGACCACGAAAGUCAAUACUUUAGCAAUACGCCAAAGAAAAGCACAAAGACUGGCCCAGACAAACUCGACACUCCAGCAAAGACAACGGAACCUAUCAAAGUUCUAUCCUCGCCUAUCGCUAUACAUGAUAUUCAGAACGUCAAUCUAUACCCCAAAUACCCUUUGAAAGAGGGUAGUAGUACGCCGCUCAUUCUUAUCAUUUCUACACAAUUGCUACGGUCUGACAGCACCCUUAUUCGAUCAUUAGAAGACCUUUCGACUUCUCGAUAUGUGCGAUUGUUCUUUCGUGACUACCAGGGAGCAAAGUCUAGCCAGCCACAGGUCGUCAAUGAGGCCGAUCUGAUAGUGUCUUCUACUACUGGGAUUAUUCUUUCCAGCUCUCAUGAAACAACGCAGAAGUAUCUUCCUGGACAGGGGCUUCCAGGUAUAGAGUCUCCGUUGCAUGCGAGAAUCGUCCAGUCUGCACCACGGUAUGAGAUACUUUACGUGCUAGUACGCUCGCCUAUUGAAACGACCAUGAACACUCUCUCGUCACUGAGAGAUUUGACAACCUAUUGCAUGUCAUUAAAUCACGUAUGCGAUAUCAAGGUGCUGCUCAUCGCCACAGACCAUGUACUUGAAUGGAUUCUAUCAAUAGCAGCAAAACAUAUUAUCGAUUCGCAUCUCGCGUCUUCCUUGAACACGACGGAAGGGGAAAUAACUGCUUCACACUUCCAUGAUGACCAGACACAGUGGGAGGUGUUCCUUCGAAAGGCAGGCCUCAAUCCUUUCGCUGCUCAGAGCGUGCUCGCUAUGCUCAAGACAAGCUCAGCGCGGCCCGGACGUUCCAAGGACGUCAGCAGGGAGAGUGCCCUGUCCAGAUUUGUCGAGAUGCCCUACCAAACAAGAAGGCACAUGUUCCAGGAAAUUGUAGGGCAAAGAGUGCUCUCGAGAGUUGGAAGGGUGCUCGAGAUAGACUGGCAAGUCGACUGGGCAGUGGACUUGGCGAGAACGAAAUUUGAGUGA